AUGAGUGGGCUUUGUGUAUUGGACUUGGUUAAACCAUUUAGUCCUUUCUUACCAGAGGUGAUUGCACCAGAGCGUAAAGUGCAAUUCCAGCAAAGAGUUAUGUGGACAAUAAUUACAUUGAUGAUUUUCCUCGUUAUGUCAGAAAUUCCGCUUUAUGGUAUUGCUAGUUCAGAUUCCAGUGACCCAUUGUUCUGGCUUAGAAUGAUGCUUGCCUCGAAUAGAGGUACCUUGAUGGAGUUGGGUAUUUCACCUAUUGUUUCCUCAGGUAUGUUGUUUCAAUUGUUGCAAGGUACCAAGUUGAUUCAUGUUGAUAUGCAAAACAAGAAUGAUCGUGAAACCUUUCAAGUUGCCCAGAAAUUAUUGGCCAUUUUGUUGGCAGUGGGCCAAGCAACAGUGUAUGUUUUGACCGGAAUGUACGGCCCACCAAAGUCAUUGGGCGUUGGUUUGUGUCUCUUGUUGAUCUUACAAUUGGUGUUUGCUAGUAUUAUUGUUAUUCUUUUAGAUGAAUUAUUACAAAAAGGGUAUGGUUUAGGAAGCGGUGUUUCAUUGUUCACUGCCACAAAUACUUGUGAACAAGUGUUUUGGAAAACAUUUGCACCAACAACAUCUUCUUCAGCUAGAGGUACUGAGUUUGAUGGCGCAGUUGUAGCUAUGUUCCAUUUGUUGGGAUCAAGGAAAGAUAAGAAAAGAGCCUUGAUUGAGUCAUUCUAUAGACCAAAUUUGCCAAACAUGUUUCAAUUAAUUGCCACAGUUUUGGUCUUUUUUGCAGUUGUUUAUUUACAAGGUUUCAGAAUCGAAUUGCCCAUCAAGUCAACUAGACAAAGAGGUCCUUAUGGUUUAUACCCAAUCAGGUUGUUCUACACUUCAAACAUUCCUAUUAUGUUGGAAAGUGCAUUGGCUUCAAAUAUUUUUAUCAUGUCGCAAUUGUUGUUUAUGAGAUGGCCCAACAAUAUCUUUAUCAAGUUAUUGGGUACUUGGGAUGCAAGACCUGGUUCUGCUCAAUUAUAUGCCAAUGGUGGAUUAGCCUAUUAUAUUCAACCACCAUUCAGUUGGUCUGAGGCAUUGUUGGAUCCUAUCAAGACCACAGUGUAUAUUGCAUUUGUGCUUGGCUCAUGUGCUGUCUUUUCAACCACAUGGAUUGAGAUUAGCGGUACCUCACCAAGAGAUGUCGCUAAGCAAUUUAAGGAGCAAGGUCUUGUGAUUGCUGGACAUAGAGAAACCUCAGCAUACAGAGAGUUGAAAAAGAUUAUUCCUAUUGCCGCUGCUUUUGGUGGUGCAACCAUCGGUGCCUUAUCUGUUGUAUGUGAUUUGAUGGGUACUUUGGGUAGUGGUACUGCAAUCUUGUUGGCUGUGACUACAAUCUAUGGUUAUUACGAGUUGGCCGUAAAGGAAGGUGGAUUGAACAAAUCAUUGGUGAGUGGAUUCUCGGAUGGUAUUUGA